CCGGCCUCGCCCUGCGCGAUUGGCUCCGUCGCCUCACGUGACCCCGGUUUCAGCGGUGGCGGUUGCCGGGGUGACGGCGGGAGAGCUGGCGGCCUGGAGGAGAGGGAGAGAGAGCGCAUCCCAGCAGCCGAGAUUUCUGCUGUGAAAAUUACCAGAAACAAUUCACUAUGGGGGAUAUUUUGGCCCAUGAAUCUGAAUUACUUGGACUGGUGAAAGAGUAUUUAGAUUUUGCUGAAUUUGAAGACACCUUGAAGACAUUUUCAAAAGAAUGCAAAGUAAAAGGAAAGCCAUUAUGUAAAACUGCAGAUGGAUCAUUAAAGAAGGACUCCAAGUCGCUGAUAAUCCAGAAGGAUCUGCUGGCAUCGUUUGACAGUGGAGACCAGAAGGUGUUCUUCGACUUGUGGGAGGGACACAUUCUGAGCUCCCUCCGAGAUGCUGACUCCGUGGCCCAGAAGCUGGAGUUCUACCUUCACAUCCAUUUUGCCAUCUAUCUUCUGAAGUGCUCUGGAGGCAGGCCGGACAAACAGGAGCUAGAUGAGAGGAUUUCUUAUUUCAAAACCUACCUGGAGACAAAAGGGGCUGCCCUGAGCCAGACCACAGAGUUUCUUCCCUUCUUUGCCCUCCCCUUUGUGCCCAAUCCUAUGGUCCACCCCUCAUUUAAAGAGCUCUUCCAGGAUUCUUGGGCUCCAGAGUUAAAGCUGAAACUGGAAAAGUUUUUAGCAUUAAUUUUUAAAGCCAAUAACACGCCAAAGCUUUUAACCAUCUAUAAGGAGAGCGGACCGACUAGCAAAGAAAUGCUGCAGCAGCUCCACCAUCAGCUGGUGGAGGCCGAGCGCCGAGCCAUGACCUACCUGAAGCGGUACAAUAAGAUCCAGGCCGACUACCACAACCUCAUCGGAGUCACAGCCGAGCUGGUGGACUCGCUAGAGGCCACAGUCAGUGGCAAGAUGAUUACUCCUGAGUACCUGCAGAGUGUCUGCGUCCGCCUUUUCAGUAACCAGAUGCGGCAGAGCCUGGCACACAGCGUGGACUUCACAAGGCCUGGGACGGCCUCAACCAUGUUGCGAGCCUCCUUGGUUCCUGAGAAGUUGAAGGAUGUCCCAUUACUGCCCUCCCUGGAUUAUGAGAAACUGAAGAAGGAUUUGAUUUGGGGGAGUGACCGCUUGAAAGCCUUCUUGUUGCAAGCUCUGCGCUGGCGCUUGACUACAUCUCAUCCUGGAGAGCAGAGGGAGACAGUCUUGCAAGCCUACAUCAGCAAUGACCUCCUGGAUUGUCACAGCCACAACCAGCGGAGCGCGCUGCAGCUGCUGCACUCCAAGAGCGAUGCUGUGCGGCAGUACAUGGCCAGGCUCAUCAAUGCCAUGGCGUCCCUUGCCGAAGGUCGCCUCUACCUUGCCCAAAACACAAAGGUGCUGCGGAUGCUGGAGGGAAGGCUGAAGGAGGAAGACAAGGAUGUCAUCACUCGUGAGAAUGUCCUCGGGGCCUUGCAGAAAUUCAGCCUCAGGCGCCCGUUGCAGACGGCCAUGAUUCGAGAUGGCCUCAUCUUCUGGCUGAUUGACCUUCUGAAGGACCCCGACUGCCUGUCUGACUACACGCUGGAAUACUCUGUGGCUUUGCUCAUGAACCUCUGUCUCCGCAGUGCAGGAAAGAACAUGUGUGCGAAGGUGGCAGGUGUCGUGCUGAAGGUUCUUUCGGAUCUCCUUGGCCAUGAAAACCAUGAGAUACAGCCAUAUGUGAACGGAGCCCUGUACAGCAUCCUUUCUAUCCCAGCCAUUCGUGAGGAGGCCAGAGCCAUGGGAAUGGAGGAUAUCCUGCGAUGCUUCAUCAAAGAAGGCAGCGCCGAAAUGAUCCGCCAGAUAGAGUUUAUCAUCAAGCAGCUAAAUUCUGAAGAUUUACUGGAUGGUGUUUCUGAAUCCGAUGAUGAUGAAGAUGAAGAUGAUGAAGAGGAUCAUGACAUCAUGGAAGCUGACCUGGACAAAGAUGAACUGAUCCAGCCCCAGCUUGGAGAACUCUCAGGCGAGAAGCUUCUAACCACAGAGUACUUGGGAAUCAUGACCAACACGGGGAAGGCACGGAGGAAAGGGCUGGCCAGUGUACAGCGGAGUGGGGAUGAGCCCCUGCGUCGGCCAGUCACCCCUGGUGGCCACAGGACGGGGUGCCCAGUGCUGGGAGACCAUCUCAUUUCUCCCCAGGAUGCCCAACAAGCCAGAAGCAGUUGCCUGCAGUCGGACACCUGCAAAGAGGGCAAGCCUGGUGUCGCUGGGCAUGGCAGGUCUUCUCCAUCAGUUUUGGAUCAGAAGCCAAGAGAGCAGCUACCAGCUGGACACGAGGAAGAGCCUCCCGUGAUUUCCACAGGAGCCCCCAGUCGACCAAGGGAUAUGAACCAGGACCCAAGCAGCAGAUACACCACCAGGGACUUCACAUCAGCCUUUACCAGCAAGCCCCGGAGGCCCGGGACUCCGGAGGCCUUGGAGAUGAACCCACUCAAGGCAAAAGCACUGUCUCUGGCCCCUCAGUUCUCCUCGAGUGGCCCCCAUCAGGCCAGCCGCCCGGCUUCCACAGCAUCCUCCACAAGGGGCCCCCACAGCAGCCAGUCCUACAGGAAGUGAAGAUGGCUUCCUUCCCAAGCUGUCACCACCAUGUUGUCUGAGGACCCAUGGCUUCUGAUUCUCUACCAGGCAGCCGCUGCAAGUGAUGGAUGUGAGAGACGCUUGUCUCCAAGGUCCUGCGUGGCUGAGGAUUCCCGGAGUGCCAGCCCUCCAGAUUGCCCAGGAGCGAGGCUGUCGAAGCCCCACUAUGCAGGCCUCAUCUCCUCAGACUGAGACAUGGGAAGAGGGGUGGGAGAGGCCUGGAUUGCCCUCUUGGUGAGAGGUAGUUCCCUUCCCACCUUCUGUACCCAGAGGAAAAAAAGGGGGUAACCUUUGAGCUCAAGACACUGCCUUGGCACCAGGGCAUGGCAAAUUCCAGAUUCGGCUUCCCUGGCCCUCACAGGUUCCAGGCUAGACAGGAAGCCACAGCAGCAAGCCGGUGUCAUCCAGACUGCGAGUAAGGAGGGCAGGGGGCCUGAUUCUCGAGACGUGAGCGUUAGCUGCCUCUGACCCCUUGGGGGUCAAAUGACAGGGGUGGCAUACAGGAUAUCCUACAUGUCAGAUAUUUUCACUACUAUGCCUAGCAGUAGCAAGAUUACAGUGGUGAAGUGACAACAAAAGUAAUUUUAUGGUUGGAAGGAGCCACAAUAUGUGGAACUGUACCAAGGGGUCACAGCGUCGGAAAGGUUGAGAACCAUCAAGUUGCGGGUGAGGUAAUUAAGGGCACAGGGGAGGAUGUGGUCACGGUGCUCGUGUGGUGUACAAAGUCCUAAAACGAAAUAAAUUUGAAGACAAAAAUAUGCUGUGAACCCAGGGAUGCAGCUCCCAGGGAACAGCGCUUGCCCAGGGCUCAGGAAGCCCUGCGCUCCACAGAAAUCACACGCAGCGCCACUCGCCUGUCACUCACCAUGGGGAGGGUCAUCCUGUGCUCCAUAGCCUGAGGCCAACCUGGGCUACAUGAGACCUUUUUAAAAAUUAUUUGUUUUUAUUUAUGUUCAUUGGUGUUUUGCCUAUAUGCCUGUAUGUCUGCGUGAGGGCAUCAGACCCCCUGGAACUAGGGUUACAGACAGUGACGAACUGCCGUGUGGGUGCUGGGAAUUGAACCCGGGUCCUCUGGAAGAGCAGUCACUGCUCUUAACUGCUGAGCCAUUUCUCCAGAGUAUGGUGAACUCAAAAGAGUAUGGUGUGAACAAGUGUAUUGAGCAUACUCCGGCUUCCUCAGAGAGUUGUUUGGGUUUCUGCUAUUGGUUUUUGUUUUUGUUUUUAUGUGUAUGAGUGCUUUGCCUGCAUCUUUGUAUGUGCUCAUGUGUGCCUGGUGCCCAUGGGGGCCAGAAGGUUUCAGAAGCCCUUACACUGGAGUUAUAGGCAGUUGUAAGCCUCCACAUAAAAACCCAGGUCUUCUGCAAGAGCAACAAAUGUUCUUAACCACUGAGCCAUCUCACCAGCGCCUCUUUAUACAUUUAUUUAUUUAUUUCAUUUUGUUUUUUGAAACAGGGUUUUUCUGUGUGGCCUUGGCUGUCCUGGACUCACUUUGUAAACCAGGCUGCCUCUGAAUUUCCAGAGAUCGGCCUGCCUCAGCCUUCCCCAGGUGCUGGGGUUACAGGCUGCACCACCAUGCCUGACCUCUUUGUACAGUUUUAAAGGCCUUAGAAAGGUCUCCAUCCCUAGCCCUGGCGGUCACAUGCCCAUCAUUCUAGAAAUAGAUGCCUCCCUCUCGGCUCUUGAGAAGGAAGCCUAUGAGCUAAGCGUAGGCCUAGCUCCCACUGACCUCCUAGCUCUGCCUAUAGAGGGCCAGAGUAAGGGGGCCUGAGGUUCAGUACAGCAGUGUGGAGGAAAGGGCUCUGCAGCGAAGUCGCUCUGAUGAAACCUGGGAAUGAACCGCAGAGGCGCCUCACGAAGGAGGCACUCCACCCCACAGCCGACACCCCCAAGAUUCCCCGGUGCCAGUGCCUGGCACAGCCUUUCCCUGCCUGGUGGAGGAGCGGACACCUGGGCCAGGCAGCAGCGUCAUCUCAGCAACAGCUGUCAUUCUCUCAAGCCCACAGCUGAGUGCGAGUCAGGCUGCUCAUCUGGUCGUUCAGAAGGAAAGGUGGUCGUGCUGAGGGCCCAAGCAGGGUGUGAGUGGUUCUCUGCAGAAGUAAACCUUCCCUGGCCUCUUACCACAGUCACGAGGGCUGUCCCCAGCACACACUUGUUCACUGCAAAACUGAAACUAGAAAUAGACCUGUUUUUAAUAGGGUGUGCACCACCACUGACCAACUUGAUCUCAUUUUUAAAUUCAAAUCAACAUGUGUCAGGAAAUGACUUGACUGGGCAGGAAGAAGUUGUUCUGCCAUGGAGAUUUUAAGGACCAGGCAGUAUGAAUCAGAACUAACUAAAAAUACAAAUGAAGCCCCAGGCACUCAGUAGGCCACUUAGACAGCACAUUGAGAUCCUGCCUCAAGAAAGAAGGAAAAAAAAAAAAAAAAGAGGAGAAGAGGAAGAAGAAAGGUUAAAAUGUCAUUUGUUUUGUUGUUUUGAAAUAGGGUGUCACUGUGUAGCCCUGGCUGGCCUCCAAUGCAGAGAUCUGCCUGCCUCUACCUCCUCAGUGUUGGGAUUAAAAGUGUUCACACUUUUUAAAAGUUUGUGCCCAGCCCAAAUAAAGUUUUUAAAUAAAGUUUUAAAUAAAAGCAAGUCAGACCCUAUGCUUGUAUGUCACUGCUUGCUUUCCAGCCCUAUUAAACUGAUCUUUGUUACCAUAAAA